AUGGCGUCCCGCUUGGCGAGAAGUGCUGUCGGGGCCGCCCGCCUGCGACCGACCGUGGCUCCGCGCGCCCUCCCUGCCGUCUCCUCCCUCGUCACGGCCCGCCACAGCUCGAAUGUGCCCACGACCGACCCCAAGACCAAGGCCCAGUCGAUCCUCGACGCCAUGCCCGGCAACAGCCUGCUCUCCAAGACGGCCAUCCUGUCGUCGGCCGCCGGUGCCUCCAUCUACGCCCUCAGCAACGAGUACUACGUCAUGAACGAGGAGACCGUCGUCGCUGUCUGCCUGCUCAGCGUCUGGACUGCCCUCAUCAAGUUCGGUGGCCCCAUGUACCGCGAGUGGGCCGAGGGACAGAACGAGAAGAUCAAGAACAUCCUCAACGCCGCCCGUGCCGACCACACCCAGGCCGUCAAGACGCGCAUCGAGGACGUCAAGCAGAUGUCGGGCGUCAUUGACGUGACCAAGACCCUGUUCCAGGUGUCCAAGGAAACCGCCAAGUUGGAGGCCGAGGCCUACGAGCUCGAGCAGCGCACGGCGCUGGCUGCCGAGGCCAAGAACGUGCUGGACUCGUGGGUGCGCUACGAGAGCCAGGUCAAGCAGCGCCAGCAGAAGGAGCUCGCCCAGAGCAUCAUUGCCAAGGUGCAGAAGGAGUUGGAGAACCCCAAGGUGCUGCAGCAGAUUCUGCAGCAGAGCGUGGCGGAUGUUGAGAGUAGGUUUCCUGAGCUAUGUGCGGAGGGGCAUUAUGGCUAA